UGUGAGGCGAAAACGAGAGAAGGCUCAUUGGGGAACGGCAAGACCUGCCGGCGCGGGAGAAGGGCGGCGGCGAGGCGAGCGGCUUCUGUAUCUGGAACCCAUUCUGACCCGGUAGUUGAGAGCAUGCCUACAAGGAUAAUAUGCCGAAGAUUUGCAGGACGAUCAUGCAGCGCAGCUGCGUUUUCUACGACAACCAAAGUGCCGGGCAAGAGGAUGUUCUUUGGAAAAGCAGAAGAGGACCAGAGUUUCCAAAAGGCAGAGAAGAGUUCCAAGCCCGUUGUCACACUCAGACUAUGGACACCUUCAGAAUACAGGGUAUCUUUUCAUCCAUCAGCCUACGCAGGGGCCAAAUACGUAUCUGAUAAGGAAGUAUCUUGUAGCUCAGAUGAUGGGUUGAUUGAAGAUGAUUACAGAAGAAUUGGUGCCAAACAGGUCCAGAACACGUACAGCAUUACCUGCUCGCGGAGGCUUUCAAGCACAAAGAACACCCUGUUGGAUUUGGAAAGCAUCAAGUCUCUCUCUACCCAGGCCAGCUUGACACCGUCAAUAAGGCAGGAUCUUGCAGAAGAUGGUGGCCGAGCUGCUGAUGUGGAAGCUUACGAUACGAAGGAAGAUCCGAGGGCAUUUCAGAAGGAAAGGCCUGAAUAUGAAUCUCUGAGUUACAAUAGAGCCAAACUCCUUCAGCCCCUUUCUAUAGAGGAAAGCAGUCAGAUUCUUCAGGAUGUUGCUGUCUUCAAAAGCAGCCUGAAACCACAAACCAUUGCAGGGAAUUUCUUUAGGCUGAGCAGCUUGCCAGCGGAACAACACGCAAGCCUGAAAUCCAACAACAGGUUCACUAUGUUGUGUCGCUACGCGGUCGAAAACAUUCGGCUCUUUGAUAUUUCCGAGCUGCUUACGGUUUUAAACGCAUUUGUUCGGUUAGCCAUUUUACCCACACACUCCAUGCUGAAGGUGUAUGAAUCCGAAUGUUGCCGUCGGGCCUGGGACGUGGGCCUGGAUCAACUUCUGCUGGUGGCUGACCUUUGGCGUUGCUUGGGGCGUGGUGUCCCUCAGUAUCUGGAGAUCAUGUUAAGCUACGUUAGUCUGCAUUGGCAAGAUCUCAGUAUACCCCAGCUAGUACAGUUAGUCUACAUUAUAGGCGAAGGCCGCAAAGCCCCUGAGGAUUUAAUGAAGAACCUCGACAACUUGGUCUUGAAGUACUUGAACUCUUUGAGCCUCGAGGAAGUGGGUGCCAUUUGCUUAGGAUUCUUUAAGUCCAGUCAUGGUCUUUCAGAGCACACUAUGCGAAAAAUCGGCGAUAAAGUCUCUGUCCAUAUGGCAGAGAUGAGCAAUUAUGCCUUAGUGAACGUACUCAAGAUGUUCCGCUACACUCAUGUUGAUCACCCUGCCUUUCUGAAGCAGCUUGGGACGGUAGUUCCUCCUCGGUUACCUACUAUAGGCGCUCAGGGUGUCAUGCACAUCACCCUUGCUUGUUCAGCUUUGCAUUACCUCGAUGAAAGGAUUAUGAAUGCUGUUGCCUAUUCUAUGCCUUCCCGGGCAACUUAUUGCCGGAGCAAAGACGUUGCCAAGUUCUUGUGGUCGUUUGGAUGCCUGAACUACGAGCCGCCUAACGCAGAGGAAUUUUAUGCGUGCCUUGAGGAGCAGCUGCGCACAAAGAUGCACGAAUUUCAGAAAUUCCCUGAGCAUUUCCUCACCUCCUUGUUAGCACUGGCAUUUGCAAAGCGCUUCCCGAAAGACUUGAUAGAUCGUGCUCUAGGUCCCAAGUUUAUCAAACUAAUCAGUGGUUGUAAGUUCGACCUCCACAAAGACUUGUUCACCCUCGAUGGCACAGUGGAGAUUGAAUGCCCGGAUUACAAAGGCAAUCGUCUUGCACUGCAGCUGAAGCAAGAGGUGACUGAGAUGUUGUGGAACGUUGCCAAGAAGGAGACCUACCUGAGGCCAGAAGUCACAGAAGCACUCUCUCUUCUUGAAGACAUGUUGGGCGGACCCCAGUACGUCAAAAGCCACAUGAUCUUACCUCACACUAGAUCAAUUGAUUUGGAGAUUCGUUUAGACCCAAACCAAAAGCCAUUGCCUUUUCAUUCAGAAGCUGCAGCAGUAACAUCCGAAUUAAAAGAGAGUGGAGUAUCUCUCACAGAUGACUUAAUGAAUCGGCUGUUGAAGGGGAGCUCUGGUAACCAGUCCCCAGUGGAUGACGCUGGAAGCAAGGAAGAAACGUGUAUUCAGAAAAGACCAAUACAGCAAGGACGGUCUUUGUCUACUUGGGACCAUUUCGCAUUUUCCGAUGGAGUUCCUCUUACUGGUGCCAUCUUGAAGGCAUUGACCAAACCAAAAACCUCUUGUGAAGUUCCAGACCCUCCAGCGAGCGGGCAACAUCUUGCAGGCACGAAAUUAGCUGUUCAGGUGUCCAAUAGGAACCACUAUGGCUACGACUCAAAACACCUGUUGGGACUUCACAAUUUGAAAAGGAGGCAGCUCCGUCAAAUUGGAUACACAGUGGUAGAAAUGCCCUUCUGGGAAUGGUUUCCCUUGCUCCGGCGUAGCCGUUCAGAAAAACUGAGCUAUUUGCACCAUAAAGUAUUUAACUCUGUGCUGUAAGGAGUCGUGGUUUUAGAGCCCAAAUUCUGAAAGCUAAUUCUUGGGACUUAAUCCAAGUUUGGUGGGGAAUAUAAAUGACUGUUUCUGAACAUCUAGUUUAUUAACUUAAACGUCACUUUACCAAACCCAUUGUCCAAUAUUUUUGGAAUUUAUAUGCACCCAGAGCAUUUAAAUGGACCUUAUUGUGGUAUCUUGUAAAUAAAGUUAUAU